GAGACAUGGCCUCGGUGGGUCCCUCCACGGCCUCCACACAACCUGCCCUGCCCUCCGGACCUGCCGUCUUCACCACCAUCCCCUACGCCUUCAUCCUGCCCGAGAUCGUCUGCGGGACCUGGGUGUGGAUCCUCGUCGCUGCUACCUCCGUGUCCCUGCCGCUGGUGCAGGGAUGGGUGAUGUACGUGUCCCUCACCUCCUGCCUCAUCUCCCUGCUGCUCCUCCUCAGCUACCUCCUGGGCUUCCACAGGAACAGCGAGAACUGGAAAGUGCUGGACAGCUUGUACCACGGUGCCACGGCCAUCCUGUACAUGAGCGCCGCUGUCCUGCAGGCCAACGCCACCAUCAACUCUGAGACGGGCCCCAACGCGCCGCUCUACUACCAGCUCAACAGCGCUGCCUCGUUCUUCGCCUUCCUCACGGCCUUCCUGUACAUCCUGCACGCCUUCAGCAUCUACUACCAGUGAUCCCGGUGCUCCCAGCAGCUUCCCCUCCGCAGCACGAGGGCUUUCCCAGC